GGGAGGGCAAGGAAAACCUCUUCUUGUACGUACAUGUUAUGCGGCCUCUCUGGGAGGAGACAUAACAGCAACGUAAACAGACAACCGUGAAGUGGGGGGGGAAAAAAACCCGCUUGUCUCAGAGGGGGCUCUCAUGCAAAGCGUUUUCAUUUUAUUUUCCCAUAUGUUACCGACAUGUAGCUCGACAUAACAUCUUUUGGACUGUUGAACCCGAAGGAGAUCAUUGGGAUUGUUUUUGUUUUCUCUUGUAUAUUUUUUUAAUUUUUUUAUUUUAUUUUUAUUUUUUUAAUUGGGAGACACAGGGUGUCUCCGCUGCUCAUCUUCCACCUGCACACUUUGUAUUCUGGAACGAAGGGGAGCAAUUUGGAGACUGUCGACAUCGGAACCGUAGCCCGGCCCUUUGGUACGUUUAUUUAUGGCAGUAAUCUUAGACAGAUCAGUCGUUCAUAGCAAGAAUAUAUCUCACGACGGAAACAAUGUUCAUAUUCUUCAGCUAAUUGCGAAAUAAUCCUUUUUUUUUUUUUUUUGAGGCUGAAUGAUCUCCUGGAAGAGAUUUCCACUGGCGGAUGAGUAGUGUAGUGAGGAGAACACGUGUCCAAUUUCCCCUCUUUUUUUUUUCUUUCCUCCCUGAUCUGGAUUUCUAACUUGUCACGUCCACAAGGAAAAGCCUGAGAAAAUAAGAGGACAGAAGUGCAAGCGGCUUUUAUUAUUCUUCUGAUGGACAUCUUGGCUUUUAGAUCCGAAGAGAAUAGUUAUAAUAUUCUCCCGUCGGCGGCAACGAUGCUUUUCCACGGCCUCCCCGGAGGCGACGUGCACGCCGUGGUGGAAGAAAUGGACCGGAGAGGAAAGAGCGAGUCAGCGGCCAUCAGCUCAGCCAUCGAUAUGGGCGAGUCGGAGACGGCCGCGCCGUGCAUGACGACAGAGCGCGUGGCCCUGUGCGCAGGCUGCGGAAGGAAGAUCGCGGACCGCUACUACCUGCUGGCCGUGGACAAGCAGUGGCACAUGCGCUGCCUCAAGUGCUGCGAGUGCAAACUCAACCUGGAGUCUGAGCUCACCUGCUUCAGCAAGGACGGCAGCAUCUACUGCAAGGAGGACUAUUACAGAAGAUUUUCGGUGCAGAGAUGCGCUCGGUGCCAUCUCGGCAUCUCUGCCUCGGAGAUGGUGAUGCGGGCCCGGGACCUGGUCUACCACCUCAACUGCUUCACCUGCACUACUUGCAGCAAGAUGCUCACCACCGGGGACCACUUUGGCAUGAAGGACAGUCUAGUGUACUGUCGGCUGCACUUUGAGACUCUCAUCCAGGGAGACUAUCAGACACAUUUCAACCUCGCGGACGUGGUGCCACACAAGGGCCUGGGCCCGGCCAACACGCUCGGACUAUCCUACUUCAACGGCGUAGGGACGGUGCAGAAAGGCCGGCCUAGGAAGAGGAAGAGUCCUGGGCCCGGAGCGGAGCUGGCAGCUUAUAACGCAGCACUGAGCUGCAAUGAGAAUGACAGCGAGUCCAUGGACAGGGACUCCCAGUACAGCUCCAGUCAGAAGACUAAGCGCAUGAGGACGUCCUUCAAGCACCACCAGUUGAGAACCAUGAAGUCCUACUUCGCCAUCAACCAUAACCCAGACGCCAAGGACCUCAAGCAGCUCGCCCAGAAGACAGGCCUCACCAAGCGGGUCUUACAGGUCUGGUUCCAGAACGCUCGAGCCAAAUUCAGGAGGAAUCUUCUGAGACAAGAAAGCACCGGCGCAGACAAGACCUCCGACGGCUCCACGCUGCAGGGCGGCACGCCGUCAGGCCCGGCCUCGGAAAUCUCAAAUGCCUCCAUGAGCCCCUCCAGCACCCCCACCACCCUUACAGACUUGACCAACCCCACCAUGCCCACAGUAACCUCCGUGCUCACCUCAGUCGCAAGCGGAAUGGAUAUUCAUGAGUGUAGGAGCCCAUCACAGACCACACUGACCAGCCUUUUCUGAUGGACGGAGCCUGACCACAACCUCUGCUACACCCUGCUGAAUCUAAAACAAAGUUGACUCAUUUGAACAUUAAGAUUAGUGAAGUAAAAGUAACAGAAACAAAAACAAAAAUGAAAAGGUUGACAUUUUUCUCUGAGCCUUUUGGAGACCUUGCAGAGUGAGACAGCCAAGCCUCACGGAUGGAACUGUUGUUAUUUAGAUGUUGUCUUGUUGAGAACUGAAAAGACUUGAUUUGCAUUUUUCAAUGUUUACAGAAAGUGACUAAGGGGAGGGAAAAACUGCUUAAUUUUUGGACUUAUUUUUUUUCCAACACAGUAUUUAUGUUGUGGUACAAGAGUCAUUGUUAGAUGGAUUGUAAUUUUUUUUUUCUUUGGGAAAAUCUGAGAUUAAACACAGGUUACAAUACCCUCUCACUGCAA